UCCUCGGCAUAAUUUAGUUUUGUGGUCGCUUCUUGCCUAAUGCUCUGUGCGAAGAAGAAUAAUAAGAAGUAUGCAGGAAAACGGAUGAAGAAAGACAAAAAGGCCAUGCAGGAAAAAAGUGAAGUGACCAUCGAUAAGAAGACAGAGCUCACAAUCGAAACGAAGUCCGAAAGCAAAACUGCAAGCAAGUCCAAGAGUACUUCACUUAUUGAUAGCCGUAAAUCCAAAAUGUCAAGCAGCGGGUCAAACAAAAAACCCAAAUUGACUAUUCCUCCUUCAUCUCGAGCGCCGCUGCCUAUGAAUAUGACUGAACUCUAA